AUGGCUAACCCUCAGUUGUGCCUUAGGUGGGAAGGUGGUGGGGAGUGGUGGCUGGACGGGCCAAUGGGUUCCGUUCAGUUCACUUCUGAGGCUGCUGUGGAUGUCUUUGUUGAAACAAUGACUGCUGGCCCCGAUGCACUGAUGGGUUAUGUUUUGUCCGGUGACGUAUUCCCAGGCAUUGAAGCGGGCAAUACGGUUGCCGCGGACUAUUUUUUCGCAAACUGGUUGGAGGCCACAAAUGAGCUUUACCAGUAUGGACGCGCGGGGUCGUUUCUCGCCGAGGAUGUGGGUGCAGAUAGCAUCCUAAGCUGUCUCGUCGAAGCCGGAGAGUGGCUUCUUGCCUUGGGUAUCAAUAAGAGUGUUGUCUCUGGCAUCAAGGCUACUGCCGAGCCGACUCUCACGCAUGAGGUCAAGAGGCCGAUGAAGGAUACGCUGAAGGCAUUGGUUAAUAACCCAGAGGUUUUCGCAAAGGCUACCGAACGAACCAAGCAGCUCAGAGCCGACAGAAAGAAUACGGAUUCUUCUAAAGCUGCAGUACAGCUCACUGGCCCUUCGAGUCCGGAUUACAGUAUCACCUGGUGGAAUCAAACAGGCGGUGAUCUUCUGACUUUGUAUUUGUCUGGUAUCUGGCCCGCAAGCCUUAUGACCAUUCACUCCAUGCCAGCUAAGGAGUUUAAAGUUGCCGACCAAUCUCUAUCAUGGUCUUGGGCAUUGGGAGGCUUCGACCAUGGCCCUAUGGAUGGCUAUGGUGUUUGGAAGUUUCCAGAUGGGAAAUGGUUUGGUGUUAAUGUUCACUGCCCUACACAGUUCAUAUGGAUCGGUACGGCACCUUACUAUGAGCUUACCUAG